AUGUCUACAAAUACAUUUAAGAAUUCUAAUAAAUCACUAUUCGAAAGAUUCAAUGCAGUUAUUAAGCAUAUGGAUUUGUUUGGAUAAGAGGUAAAAAUGAAUUACAGAAAAACACCUGUUUACACAACUUGCUUUGGAGGAGUUAUGACAAUUAUCACGUUUACUCUAAUUUUAAUAUUUUUUUCAAAGAAUGUCUAAGAUUUCAUUCAAAAAAAGAACAUACAAGUGCUUAGCGAAACAACUUACUUAAAAGAUCCUCCACUAUUAGAGCUAAACUUUACAUCCUAUAUGUUCGCUGUAUAAAUCUAGUAAGAAAAUUUUCUAAACAAGCCUUACUUUUUGGUAUAGGUAGAGUAGAAAAAGUAUUAAAGAAAAGAUGGGAACUUAGAUAAAAGCUAUGCUCAAACCAUUUAAAUGGAACCUUGCAGGCUAGAUCACUGGAAGUAAUUAAAUGAUGGAUUUAACUGGGAAUUUGCCUUUAACAAGUUAGGCUUAGACUAGUGGCUGUGUCCAAAAAAAGAUUAAAAAAUUACUCUUGAAGGAAAUUAUGCUAGCUCUUUAUUCCAGUUUAUGAAAAUAUCUAUAUUAAAGUGUGAAAAUAAAGUCCUUCAAUAACUUUAUAAAUGGGAUAUUUCUUGUGCCUCAGAAUAAGAAUUUAGUGAUUUUUUAAAGAAAAAAAAAGGGACUGCAGUUUUGCAGAUCUAUCAAAGUAAUAAUAUAAUUAACCCAUAGCAAGAACCACCUAAUUAGCCAUACUUAUCUGAUGAUUUAUUCUUUUAUAUCCAUCCAAACAGAUUUUUGAGUUCUGCCAAUAUUUAUUUACAAGAAGCUAAUAUUCUCACAGAUUAGAGCAUUUGGCCAAACUAAAACUAUUAAAACUAAGUAUUUCCCUAUUUUGAAUAAAAUGAUUAUAGAGAAGCCUUUGAGGCAGUCAAUCCUACUCGCUUUGGAUCUUAUUUCCUUAGGAGAGGACAUAUUAUAGAAAAACAUAAUAGAUAAUAUCAAAAAAUAGACUCUUUACUAUCAUAUAUUGGUGGUUUUUUACAAUUUGUUAUUUUUGUCAUGACAUUUAUUGUUGGAUAUUUUAAUUAUUGGAUAUUUGUGGUUGAUAUAGCAAAUAGAUUAUAUAAUUUUAAGAAAAAAGAAGAUAAACAAACUAUUCAAUAAAGAUAAGAAUAGCUAAAUAGUCUACUCAAAUAGAAUGAAAAUAAUUAAAAUAUUGGAAAUAAUUUACAUUAGUAAAAUAAUAAAGGAUUGAAGGUAUAGGAUAAAUAAAAUGAACUGAAAUUAGGUAAAAUGAAAUCAAGUUUAAAAAAAUAUGAGUUAAGCGCAGAAGACAUAAGACUACUAAUCAAGGAAAGGCAAAAAUCUUAAUGUAAGAAUGAUACGAAUAUAAAAUUAAAUUCUAAAAAAACCAAAAAGAAAGUUACUUAUUUUAAAUCUAAAACCCUUGCUCUCUAAAAUGAAGAGUAAAUUAUAGAGCUAGAGAAGCAGAAUAAAUCAUAAUUUGACUUUAAGAAGGAUAAUUCCUCAGAAUUAGGAUAGAAGAAUUUUCUUAAUAACUAAAUAAUUAAUAAUAAAUCAACUAGUUUCGAUGUAAUAGAUUUAAAAGGCUUAAGCGAAGUUAAUCAACAAAAUUUAAAUAUCAAAACACCAUAAUUUAACAAAAACAGGAAAAUCUAAAAAAAGGAAUAUAAAUAUCAAUAAAGUAUUAUUCAAUAACAAAAUGAAAAUUUUAACUUAUUGGCUUCUUAUAAUUCAAUAGCAUUAAAUGAAGAUAAUAAUCUAGCAAGCAGCUAAAGGUAAAAAAAUAAUAUUAUCAUAUUGGAUGAAAUUCAAUAAAAUCAGUAAGGAAGUUUAAAGUCUAUUCAAAAUUUUAAAAUCGAAGAUAACCAAGACAUCUUAACUCCAAAUAAUAAAUUAUAAGAACCAUUAAAAUCUAGCUUGAAAGAAAAUUAAACCUUAGAAAAAAACUCAAACUAAUACUUUAAAGAUGGAAUUUUUGAAGGACUAAAUAUUAGCAAUAAAAAAUCCUUUUUGAUAAAUUAAUUUGAAUAGAUAAUCAGUAAAAAUAAAAGAUUAAUAAUUGGAAUUAAGUUUUUCUUGAACAAAAUAUUUUGCGGAUGUUUGUUUAAAUCAAUUGAUAAUAAAUUAAUCAAUAAAGCUCAUAAAUUGAUUUAAUCAGAUUUAGAUGUCUAUAUGAUAAUUCAGAAACUGUAGGAGAUUGAUAAGAUUAAAUAAAUCAUUUUUGAUAAGUAACAAUAAAUUAUGUUUGGGUUUUUCCCUAAAAUUGAUAUAACAGUAGAUGAUGAUAACGAAAAUGAAAUAAAUUAUCAAAGAGAAUAUCUUUAUUAAGAAUUUAAGAAAAGCUCUAGGUCUACAUUACAAACAAAUAAUUAAAGUAAAGAAACAUCUUAAAAAUCAGCUCAUUUAACUUAAAAUUAAAAAAACUCUGUUAAAAUCUAAGGAGCUAUAAUGAAAAGAGACAAUUUCAAAAAUUUAGAAGCCUACAAAAAACUAUAUGAAGCUUAUUGCUAUAUUUCUAAAUAAAAUUCAUCUUUACAUAAACAUGAAAUUAAUCAAAAGUUAAUUAAUAUGCUUGGAUCUGAAAUGGCAGACAUUUUUCAAACAUCAAAAUUAUUAACAAACGAAGAGGAUAUUCAAAGUGAAAUGGAAUUUGAUGAAUUAAAAGAAAAAGGCUACCCUACACUUAAACGCAAGUGUUUAAGUGGCGAAACAUUUAAAGAUGUGAUAAUUUUUGAUAAUUAUCAAGAAUAAUUUUUCUCUGAAAACGAUAUUUAAAAAGGAUAGCUAUAAUUUUACCUUGAUAAAUUGAAUCAAAAGAGUAAAUUAGAUAAAUAAUCUUAAUUUUCAUGUAUAGAUGUUCCAUAAGAAUAAGCAGGAAUUUUCUAAGUAAAAGUAAAUCAUAAUAAUUUUCUUAAAGAUAAUGCUAAAAUUAAUUUUUGGUGA